AUGCGUGCCAGCAAAUUGGAAUCCAACUACCAGAUCCGCUCCUCGAGCGUUAUCUUCUUUUUCGAGCUGUACUCAAUUUUUGCAGCAUCCAUUUGCCUGUACUCGCACUACACGCGACGUAAUCAGCAUGAUGAGAGCCCGAUCGAUAUACAGGUGCAUGCUUUCUACACCUACUUUGGCGCCAUCCUGGCCGCGUUCUUCUUCGAGGCCUUCCCGCGUGGUCGUUCGCACAUCCAACUGCUCAGCACAGCCAACCAGCACGAUAAGGCCAAUCUGUUUUCUCGAUGGACCUUUCAUUACCUGCAGACGAUUAUCUCGUUGGGGUACAUCAAAACGUUGACGAUCGCCGACAUCGAGGAUAUCAUGCCCGGGAAGGCUCAGACUACGCACGCGUACCAGUGGCUCGUCCUCAACUGGGAAAGAAAUGCCAGGCCUCCGAACCUGAUAUGGGUCAUUACAAAGACGUUCUUCUGGCGUUUCCUCACCGCGACCGCCAUCCACCUGAUCGCCUCUUCGCUGCAGUUCCUGUUACCGGUAAUCAUCCAACAGAUCCUGAUCUAUAUCGAGUCAGAGAAUACAGACGUGCCUCGGGCCAGGGGCAUAAUCCUGGCGCUGGAAAUGUUCUUUGUCAGCGUUGCGGUUUCUCUACUGAUGGGGCAGUACCGCAAGGUUACUUCCGAGCUGGGACUCGAAAUCAGGAAUGGAUUGGUCGGCAUGAUUUAUCGCAAGGCUCUGGUGCUGUCCCCCGAUAGCAGAGCCAAAGCAUCGACGGGAUCGAUCACCAACCAUAUGUCGACUGAUGCUGAAAAGUGGACCAAGGAUCUGAUCUGGGUCCCAUAUUGGUUCACUGUGCCUUUUGAAAUCGUAGUUGCCACUGCAAUGUUGUAUAACAUCCUGGGAUGGUCUGUCUUCUGCGGCCUCUCCAUGAUCGUUAUCGUCACGCCUAUCCAAGGCUAUGCAGGCCAGUUCUUCGACCGUGCCAGGGACGAGAAAUACGAGGCCAUGGAUAGUCGCGUGCGUCUUAUGGGCGAAUUGCUAUCCAACAUAAAGAACAUCAAACUGUAUGGGUACGAGCCAGCCUACAAGGAAAAAGUCAACUCCUAUCGCGCCAAGGAGAUCCAGCUACUACGCAAGUCCCGUCUGGUCGAAUCCUUUCUCUCGAUUAUCUUCACAUGCUUACCUCUGAUGAUGGCCUUUGUGUCCUUUGCGGUCUUUGCCGCCUUCGGCGGCCCUGGAUUCACUCCCGGAAAGAUUAAUGCCCAGGUGGUUUUUGUCAGUCUGAGUUUGUUCGCGCUGUUGAGCCGUCCAGUCGGAGCCAUGUCCUUAGUAACCGAGUAUUCGGUCAGCCUUCGAGUUGCCAGUAGGCGAAUUCAAAAGUUCCUACUCAAGGAGGAGAUCGAUGCUUCUGCUGUGGCACGCGACGCAGCCUUACCUAAGGACCCGAACGUGGCUGUGGAGCUGGAUGAAACUACUGCGCUGUUAUCCUCGGACGCCACCAGGAAUAACCAGCCAGCAUUAAUCGACAUCAACCUCUCGUUCGCUCGCGGAUCAUUGAACGCUAUUGUGGGCCGAGUCGGACGGGGCAAAUCGUCGCUGCUGAGCGCUAUCAUCGGAGAAAUGUACAAGCGUGAAGGAGUCGUCAAGGUCUAUGGGUCUGUGGCCUAUGUACCUCAACAGGCGUGGAUCAUCAACGCAACUGUCAGAGAUAACAUCGUCUUUGGGAAGGCCUUCGAUCAGGAGAAGUACGACCGCGUGCUGUUCGCUUCAGGAUUGCUCCCGGAUCUCGAGAUCCUUGCAGCCGGCGACCAGACGGAGAUUGGAGAGCGCGGGAUCAACCUGUCCGGAGGGCAGAAGCAACGGGUGUCGCUGGCGCGUGCUGCAUACCAGGACGCAGACGUAUAUCUGCUGGACGACCCCUUGAGUGCCGUCGAUGCACAUGUGGAUCAGCAUCUCUGGGAGAAUCUCAUUGGACCCGAUGGGUUGCUCAAGGACAAGACUCGGGUUUUGGUCACUCACGGCAUUCAUCAUUUGGAGCAUGCCGACCAUAUCGUAGUUUUGAAGGAUCGCAGGAUCGAGGAGGCAGGACAUUACGCGGACCUUAUGGCAACACAAAACACAUUUUAUCGCCUGAUCAAGGAGUUUUCUGUCAACAAUGGCUCCAAGAAGAAGCGCCAGCAUACCCAGCGUGUGUCUGAUGCCGCUGCUGAGGACGAGGCCAGUUCGAUUACACCGACGUCCGAGGAAAGCUUGGUGGAUCAAGAGAAAGCCAACGGCGAGCUCGUCGAAGAAGAAGGUGCCCAGACUGGCGUCGUGAAGUGGGACACCUUCAGAGUUUACUGCAAGGCUAUGUCGUACUACUACGUCGCCAUGACAGUUAUCUUCUUCAUUGUGUGGGAAGCGUUCCAACUGAGUACUCCCAUCUGGCUUGAGCACUGGACCCGAGUUGCUGACACGACGACCCAUUCCCUGUACUACUUCCUGAUCAUCUACGGAGUACUCGUGCUGGGUUACAUGACCGUCGAUGUCUACACGACCUACGUGUGCUUCGUUCGUGCCUGUGUGACAGCGUCAGAGGUCCUCCACGAGAACCUCCUUGCGCAUAUCCUUCGGCUCCCCAUGUCUUUCUUUGAUGUCACUCCGCAAGGACGCGUGCUGAACAGAUUCUCGUCCGACAUCGCGGCAAUUGACGAGGCAGUGGCAGGGAAUUAUAUUGGCCUGUUCACCUGUGUCAGCAACUUGGUUGGAGCACUAUUGAUCCUUGUGGUCGCAACACCAGUUUUUGUCCUCGCCCUGCCCGUCAUCGGAGUGAUUUACGUGCUUAUCCAGCGACGCUAUGUGAGAAUAUCCAGCAUGCUGAAGCGCCUGGAAUCCGUGUCCAAGUCACCACUGUACCAGCAUUUUGAUGAGACCCUGAACGGUGUCUCGUCGAUCCGCGCGAUGGCCCUCGCGGAUCGCUUUGUGGAGGAAAAUGCUGUCCGCUCUGAUUGUUCUGCCAAUGCGCAUUACGCCUCGGCCAUGACCAACUAUUGGCUCAACAUCCGACUCGAGGGAUUGACAUCAAUCACGAUCUUUAUCGUUACAUUGCUGGCAGUCCUAAAUAAGGACUCGCUCAGUCCUAGCAUGGCCGGACUACUCCUUAGCAACACCGUGACUUUAGCCGGCCAUGUAACCUGGACCCUCCGCUGCUACUGCGAUCUGGCCGGAGAACUUGUAUCGGUCGAGCGUGUCCACGAAUACUCUAACAAACCAACUGAAGCCCCCGAGAUCACUGGUGUAAGGUUACCCGAGAGCUGGCCUCAGCAUGGUCGUAUUGUCUUCAAGAACUACUCUGCUCGUUACCGUCAAGGACUCGAUCUCGUCAUCAAACGGGCGUCGUUCGAUAUCCAAGCCGCUGAGAAGGUCGGUGUUGUAGGCAGGACCGGUGCCGGUAAAUCCUCACUCAUGUUGGCAUUGUUCCGAAUCAUCGAGGCCGCGGACUCUUAUUGGGCUCGUGCUAGUGAGCAGGACCAGGCUGCGGUCGUGAAAGAAGUCGGGGAGGACGCGACACUGACGGGAUCGCCGAUGGAUGGCGGAUCGAUUGAGAUCGACGGUGUUGAUAUCUCGACCCUCGGACUCCGGGAUCUCCGUCAGCAUCUGUCGAUCAUCCCACAGGACCCCACAUUGUUCGCUGGAAGCGUGCGCGAGAACUUGGAUCCAUUCAACCAGGCCACCGAUCCUGAGCUGUGGGAGGCUCUGGAGCGUGCGCAUCUGAAGGGUCACAUCUCGUCACUCGCUGGGGGACUCUCAUUCGAGGUUGCCCAGAACGGCGACAACUUCUCGGUGGGCCAGCGGUCGCUGAUCUGCUUGGCGCGGGCGCUGCUGCGAAAGACCAAGAUCCUGGUGCUAGACGAGGCCACAGCAGCCGUCGACGUGGAGACGGACGAGCUGAUCCAGAAGACGAUCCGCAAGGAGUUCAAGGACAGGACAAUCAUCACGAUCGCGCACCGGAUCAAGACGAUCAUGGACUCGGACAAGAUUCUGGUGCUCGAGCGGGGUCGUGUGGAGGAGUUUGAUGCUCCAGCGACGCUGAUGCAGAAGCAAGGGCUGUUUUACAGCCUGGCCAAGCAAGCAGGAGAAGUCGCUGACGCGCAUGAACAAUGA